AUGGUAUCCAAAAAGUCACGGGCCGGUGGGGGUCCUCCAAGCGCUGAUAUGGAGUUCAAGACGCGCAACAAGCAGAGACGCCAGCUCCUCCAUAUCAAACGCAAGCGCAACAAGGACUCUGCUCGCCGGGCAAUGCGGUUCGGAAGGAAGAAGGAAGAAGCAAAAAAUCCGAAGUUAAAGGAAGAGCGACUCAAGCGGAACAUUCCGUUGACAUUGGAGCGAAAGCGUGUUUGGGACGAUGCGGGCAGUGAUGUCGAGGAUCCUCUUGGUAUAAGUUUCGAUGUUGAGCGCAUCAAGCGCCAGAAGCAGGAGGAGGAAGAGGAACUUAAUCGCCCAUUGGGCUCGGACUCCGGCGGUUCCAAAGAAGGGGACAACAGCAGUGACGAGGAAGGAGACGAAGAUGAUGAUCGCGACAGCAUGCUCGCCAGCAGCGACGAAGAAAACGAGGACGAGGAGCAGGACCACAAGGAAAACAGUCGCGGCCGCAAACCCUCAUCAGUUCCCUCAGCCACAGAGCGCGCGACAAGCCCAUCACAGUCUACAAAAAGCACAAAUCUCAAUCUCGCCCCCGAAGCGCUCGCCGCGAAAUUCCCGUCCCUCUUCUCACCCGAAUCCCAGAGACCCCCGAAGAUACUCAUCACAACCUCCCUCAACUCAACCCUCCAUCACGAAGGGGAAGUCCUCACAAACCUCUUUCCAAACAGCGUCUACAUCCGCCGCUCCGCGCACGCGCACUCUCACAAGUUCUCCAUUCGCGAGAUCGCACAAUUUGCUUCAAACCGCGAAUACACCACCUUGGUGAUUCUUCAGGAAGAUUCCAAGAAGCCCGCGGGGCUGGACAUCGUUCAUCUGCCCAAGGGCCCCAUGUUCCAUUUCUCCAUCAGCAACUGGGUAGAAGGGAAGCGGAUCCCAGGUCACGGAAACCCCACGGAACACUGGCCGGAGCUUAUUCUAAACAAUUUUCGUACCCCGCUCGGUCUGUUGACCGCACAUCUCUUCCGCACACUCUUCCCGCCGCAACCUGACAUUGAGGGCCGGCAGGUUGUCACCCUACACAAUCAGCGUGACUACAUCUUCGUCCGGCGCCACCGCUAUGUCUUCCGAGAGAAGCGUGAGACCGAAAAGGCCGUUGUUGGUGCAGACGGGAAAGAGAUCAAGGGUGCAGAGGGCAUUCGAACAGGACUGCAGGAGCUUGGCCCGCGCUUUACGCUGAAGUUGCGGAGAGUCGAUAAGGGGAUCCAGCGGGCGAGUGGGCAAGAGUGGGAGUGGAAGGGCGGGAUGGAGAAGGUCAGGACGAAGUUCCAGUUGUGA